AUGGACUCCGUUAACAUGUUCGACAUUUACAGCACUCCCGAGACUCCUGCGGCUCCCCCGAGCAAAAAGAAGGCAAGCAAAAGGCACCCUGGGGAAAGCAGCAAAGCGCCCAAGGCUAAGAAGCCUCGCAAUCCAGGCCCCACGGAGGACGGGCCCUCAACCAAUGCAACUCCACCUUCUCCUCACGAGCAGCAGACUCCCCCUGCUCCAGCCGGAUCGACUCCACCUCUAGCGGCCCCAACUAACCAGACUCAGCAGGCCGGUCCUGCUUCAACUGGGGGCAACAUAACUAGUCGCGCCUUCAGAUCGGUGAAGGAUAGGAUCGCGAAAAUUGUAAAGCACGACUGCUGUCGAGAGGCGAUGGCCGCGACAGAGGCGAUGGACGUUGACCAGGCAAUGCUGACUCUUACUGCUGGCCGCCUUCGCUCUGGUGCUGUUACCGAGCAGGCCAAAUCUUUGGAGCAACGACAUGCUGAUGAACUCAAGGCUGCCGAAGCGAAAUAUGCCGAACAACUUGCAGUGGUGCUCGAGGAGAAGAAUAAGCUGGAUGAGGAGUUUAAGGAGAAGCAAAAGUCUCUGGGCAAAGCCAUCGAUCAGAGGGACCAGUUCAAGGAGUCUAACCGCUUCAAUUACCGUGCGACUAAACAGCUUGAGGAGGACUUGGCUGCGAAGACGUCGAGCUCGCUCGCUGUGCUGCUCGACUGGCAGAGGAAGAAAGAGCAAGGAUUCCUGCUUCCCCUGAGAUCUCGCUUGCCACUGGGAUGGACGGUGUAA